UCAUGAGAUAAAAGACCAACGCAUGCGCAAAUAAUCACUUCUGGUUGAGAUCAAAGUUGUUUGUUAUUAACUUUGUUGUGUGUAUGUGUUAUGGGCAGUAGUUGACAACGAUGAACGUUGCAGUAGCACAUGGAGACAGCAACCCGACACAUUCUUACCUCAACAGCAAGGGAAUAUGGCUGACGUACAUACUCAUCAUAUUCGUGUCACAUCUCCUAAUUCUGAGUGUUCCGUUCUUCAGUAUGGCCGUGGCCUGGACACUGACCAAUGUGAUCCAUGAUAUUUGUAUGUUUGUAAUGCUGCACAUUACCAAGGGAACUCCAUGGGAGACCCCUGACCAGGGUGCUGAUCGCAUGCAGACCCAGUGGGAGCAGAUUGACUGUGGCAAACAGUUCACAGCUACGAAAAAAUUCCUUACCCUUGUACCAAUUGUAUUGUUUUUUCUGGCAAGCUUUUACACAAGAUAUGACAAAGUGCAUUUUCUGGUGAACUUUGUGUUUCUGUCACUGAGCCUCAUUCCAAAACUUCCACAGCUGCACGGAGUACGAUUGUUUGGCAUCAAUAAAUACUGAAACAUUUUCAACUUCUCAGAAGAUGGGGUGAUUUUAGCUUCCUUGUUUUGCUUUUCUGCUUUUUGGUGGGCUUUUUUUUUUUUUGGUGGAUGAAAGCUCCAAACAUCUGUUAAUAUGUGUUUUUAUUUGUACUCUUACUUGGGGCAAGGUUUACAGUCUCAAUUGUGUGGAAUUUGUCAGAUGAGUUACAAAUAUGUUCCCACUAGCAAAUAGUGACGAGACGUAUUAUUAUACAAUGAAUUAGAUAAAUUUCACUUGGUAAGGAUAUCUGAUGGCAUUUUUGAAAAAGAAAAUAUUUCAAAAUUGUUUAAAGUUUGGAAAGUUAGAGCCAGCAAAUACACACAUGGAGACUAUAAAACAGCUACCUCUGACACACAGCCACAAGCCAGUGCUACCUGCCUGAGAUCCACCUCUGCCUUGGCACAGAUACUCCUAGGCAUCAUCUGCUAAAACAGAUUAAACUUUUGCAUAAUGACAUCACUGACUAAUCACAUCACACAUUGUACUUAACAAUAUGGUUAUUAAAGUCUUCAAGGAACAUUGUUUUUAUUUCGUGUGUGUACCAGUAUGUGUGCAAUGUUGGGUAAAAAAUACAAACAGUUGUUUUAAAUAUUGGAUACCAAAGUAAUUCGGUUGUAGUAUUCUUGUACAGUCUUCCAGGAAUCCAAUGAAAUAUUGGAUUGUCUUGGUGGAUUAUAGAGAUAAUUUCCAGGUGAGCUCCACCAAAUUAUUUAUUAAACUUCAAAAAUGGAAGAAAUCCACCAUUAUUUUUCCAAAAAUAUAUCAAUUAUUAGGUAAAAUUAUUUGACCAAAUCUGAAUAAAAUUCACCAGUUCUGUUUAAACUUCGCAAUUGGUGAAUUUGGUGAGUUACAGAGCUAGUCCUGCAUUUUGUUGAUUCACUAGUCAGGUAUCAGAGAUUGCUACAUGAGUAUAAAAUGUUAAAUAGUAGUUGCUAAUAAGUUUUGCUGAUCAAAAUUUUGACAGUUAAAUGAUCCUUGAAGUUAAUGAUGCUGUGCACCAGGGUCAAGGUGGAAUUUAGGCUAACAACAGUAGCUUUGGCUUGAGUAAUUAGCUGAUGGUAAAACCAUCAGACAUGCGAGAAGCAUUGCUGUAGGACACAAAAAGAACGAAAAAACUACAAACGUGUGUUCUAAUUUUGUAGAAAUCAACAGAUACCCACUUAGUAAUUAUUAGGCAGUAGAGUCAACUGUUAAAAGUCAACUGUGCAAUGACUGAAAUGGAUGGUUAUUUAAAAUCUGUUUAUAUCUAAGAGAGAAAAGAUUGUUAUGUUAUUAGCUAAAGUUAAUGCUGGGAAAGACUUGCCAUGACCUUAAAUGCUUAUAAAAGUACUUAACUGUUUAAGCAAUAAGCCGUUUUAAUCGAGCCUAUAACAGAAAUGGUCUUGAUCUGGUGGCGUGUUUAAGCUAGCACAUUUUCUCACAAUGCUACAGGUUUGGCUAGAUUUUUUUUUUAAUACACACAAUGCAAACAAUACUGGAAGUGUGUUAUAUGUAUUGUACAAUUAUGAAUAAAUUGAGCUACCUUUUUUGUGUUAGUAUUAUUGUCUUGUAUAUUUUAAAAGUGAUAAGCCUCUAGAAUUGUACAUAUAUUCAUGUAGAUUUUGCAUGAGAUUUUAUGCCGCUGAACCAGUCUAUUAGCAUCAUCCAAGCAAAAUCUAAAAAUGGUGGUUUUCAUGGAUACCCACAAUUUAUCUGUAUUUCUGAAAAGAAUGCCAUGUGUUCAUUGUAGACAUUGUUUUAUACAAAGUGUGCCAGGCACAGAUCCAGACACAACCCCCGAGUUUUGAAGUGCAGGACUAAAUAGCAGGCUGCGACAAGCAGUUAAUAUUUUAGCAUGUAAAAUAGAAACUCGCCUGCUAAAAUCACCAAAACAGCCGGAGUGUCAUUUUUUCAAGAUAGACAUUGUUCUUUUGACCUGCUAUUGAAAAAUAACAACAGCAGGACAUAGUUUAUUUUCUCUUUCAAGUCCUGAAGAGUCCAGAAAAAUUCAAUGUAUAGCUGCUGAAGAUGAAUACAAUGAAUUUAUAUGUCGAGGACACUGGUGUAGAGUGGGUUGCCAGUGCCAGGGGCAAGGCAAGUAUUGCGACCUCUAAUCAGUGGACCAUUAGUGCUCCCAGAGUCCCUUCCACCAGUCCAGAAUUUUGUGCCCAGGACAACCACCCCUGUGGCCCAGCCCAUGCUACGUCACUGCAAGGAUGGGUUAUAUCCUGGUUGGCUUUGGGUUUCUAGGGAAGAUUGCCAUAUACAUGUAUGUAUUACAUGUUCAUGUACUUUUGAAUACUGAAGGUGCCCUUUUACAAUGUUGCACUUCCUCGCCACCUUAAAAAUAACUCAAUCUGCUCCAUGUCCCUUAGGCACACGUUUUGCAAGGUGUCGUUUAUAGGUGGUUCAACUGUAUACUCUUAUAUUAUGAUCUCUUUAUGCAUCUUUGUUACACUCCAGAUUGAAUGUUUCAUGUGAGUCGACUGUUUUGAUAUCACCUAUAGCAGUAUACACUAAAUGAUAAGUACGGUGUGUCGCACAGGUUUUUUUGCAGGUUUGUUUUGAGGCAUGAAUGAUGAUUUAUCCUUCAUCCAAAUAUAUGUAUUUUCAUUCCUUUCAAACACUGGUCAGUUUAUUAGAUUAUUAGAGACUUUAUUAGAUUAUUAGAGAUGUUUAUGCAUUGAGGGUCUCAAUGCAACAACAUUUAUACAUGUAGUUAGUUCUCAGCAUGCAGUGCUGUGUGAUAUACACUGGUUUACCAAGAAUUACCAAAUAUUCUACAAUAAAUCUGUUUCACCCAAACUCAGACAGUUGUAUUUUAAAGAAAAAUUUAGAUUUAAAUUAUUGACAUUGUUGUUUAUCUCACCUUGACAAAGUCACACAUAUUUUUUACAUCAAUUAUGACAUCAAAAUGUUUAGCUCUUAACAUUUUUGCCCUUUGGACCAUUUAUCAUAAAUUAUAAGUCCUAGAUCAAUGAAACUUGGUUUAUAGUUUCAGCUAUCAUGGUUCAUCUCGAUACUUGUUUCAGAAAAUAAAAAUAUAUUAAUGAAACAUUUUGAUUUUUAUUAUUAUUAUUAUUAUUAUUUAUAUAUGUAAGAUUUAGAUUAAUCCUGAAUGUUACAUCACAUUGAAUCAGUUUGUGGAAUUAUUAUUAAUAUAAAUUUCUCUGAUGGGCCAUUGUAUCAAAAGUUUGUACUUUUGAUAAAUAAAGCAAAAGUUUGUUGAUACUUUAGACAUUUUAUUUAGUGAUUGAGAAUUCAGAAUUUCAAACCGAGAUUUUAUUAGCAGAAGAAAAAUAUGUGAAAUUGCCAUUUUGAGUUUGUUGCAUGUGAUAUUAUUUUCUAAAAGUUCUGUUUGAGGAUGGUCCAUGUCUUUUUAGAUAACUGAGCAAGUUUUGUACAGGUGAUGGAAAUCCUGGAAUGUCUUGAAAUUUUAUGUUCGAUUAUGGAAAAGAAAAUUGGUUAAUAAUGUGUGUCCCACAUUUAAAAUGACAUGAGAAGAGAUUAGCAGUUAUCAUCAAAACACUGUUACAGCAAUAUUACUGACAAUCACAAAUUUGUUUUAUUAAAAACUCUUUUAGGAAAUGGAAAAUUUCUUGAAAAUCAUGAAAUUUGGUUGGUGUAAACCUUAUUUGGCCCAUCUCAAGACAUUCUUUGUCAAACUCCCAUCACUGCCUUUAAGUUAUUGAAAAACAAAAUCCUGGAUGAAAUGUAAUUUUGAUUUUAUUAAUUUUUUUAAUAUUAUUUUAGCACAUCCAAAAAUGUUUCUAUAGAAGUACCUGUACCUGAAGUAGUCCAGAGUAUUAUUUAUCUAAGCCAUAAUGUUGUUUGUUUAGUUUUUUUAAACUACACACAUUCAGUGACCAGAAAACCUGGUACUAGAUCAAACAGCUGAACCAAAUUAGAACAAUAUUUAAAAUUUCAAUAUGUUUAUGGAGAAGGAAUGAGUUGGUAACUGAACUUGUUGAUACUGAUAUGGCUGUUAGAAAUGUAUAAUGUACAGGGUGAAUAAAUGGUGAAAGCUAA